AUGGAAGACUCAACCACCACUACCACGAACCCCUCCCCGCCCCCCACGCCGCAAAGCACGCUGGUGGAUUACAAUGGCAUAAAGUACAAUGUUAUCAGGGAGGGGCGAGCCUAUAUUCUUAAUCCUCCAUCACAGGAAGCCGCAUCCAAGGCGACGAGAAGGGAUCUUAAGACUGAGGACGAGUCGCAAUCCGUUUUCUACAACCCGAUCCAACAGUUCAAUCGGGACCUGAGUGUGUUGGCAAUUCGCGCGUUUAGCGAGCAUGUGGUAGACUUUGAGAAGCACAAGCAGGACCAGAAGGCGAAGAGGCGAGCAGCUGGGAAUGGAGCUCCAAAGGGAAAGAAGCGGAAGCGUGAAGAUGAGUCGGCCGAACAGUCGGGCAAGCCCGCCGAGGGAGAACCUGCUGAAAAGGUCGAAAAAACCGAGACGAGCGAGCAAAAUGCGACUGCUGCUGCAACCGUCCCGACUGCCGCUGCUGCUCCAGAUGGAAAGCAGGAAGACACCCCCACACCGGAAUUUACCAUCCUCGAUGCGCUCUCGGCAACAGGCCUACGUGCUCUCCGCUACGCCUCGGAAAUCCCCAUCGCGACCAAGAUUGUCGGUAACGACCUUUCUAAGUCAGCAAUCAAAUCCAUGAAAACGAACAUCGAGUACAAUAAGCUGGGUGAGCGCAUCCAGCCCAAUCUAGGGGACGCUCGCAUCUACAUGUACGGUCUCAACAACAAGUUCGACGUAAUUGAUUUGGAUCCUUAUGGUACCGCCUCGCCAUUCAUGGACGCCGCCGUUCAAGCCGUGAAGGACGGCGGUUUGCUUUGUGUAACCUGCACCGAUGCUGGAGUCUGGGCCUCCACGGGUUACUCAGAAAAGGCAUUCUCCCUGUACGGUGGUAUUCCGAUCAAGGGGUCGCACUCGCACGAAGGUGGACUACGUCUCAUCCUCUAUGGUCUCGCCAUGUCCGCUGCGAAAUAUGGAAUGGCUAUUGAACCGCUGCUUUCUCUUUCUAUUGACUUCUACGCUCGAACAUUCGUGCGCGUCAUCCGCUCUCCAGCCCAGGUCAAGUUCACUGCCGGCAAUACUUUACUCCAUUACAACUGUGAUUCGGGCUGCGGCGCCUGGACGAACCAGUACCUCGCUUCAACCAAGCAAAAGAAGGACAAGAGGGGCAACCCGAUGGCAUACCACAGUCUUGCACAAGCACCCACCGCGGGUCCACUCUGUGAACACUGCGGCUUCAAAACACAUCUCUCCGGGCCGAUGUGGGGAGGUCGUCUGCAUAACCCACACUUCAUCCAGAGAAUCAUCUCUCUGCUUCCAACCCUAGACCCGGAAAUUUACCAAACCAUUCCCCGGCUCGAGGGCAUGCUUACCACCGCACUGGAAGAAGACCUCGAUUUAACACCGUCGAAUAUCAAAACUACAGCCACCUCCACCAUGGAGGAAAAAGAAGCUGCCGAAACUCAGGACCCUGAUUAUCCCGCCAUCAUCCCCAAAAUGGACCCUGCUAUCCGAGACCCAUACCCCUUCUAUUUCAAUCUUGGCGCCCUAUCCCGCGCACUGCACUGCCAAACAAUCCCAAUGGACCAGUUCCGCGGCGCCCUUCGCUCAGUCGGGUACAGAUCAACCCGCACACAUGCAAAGCCCAAUUCUAUCCGCACCGACGCCCCAUGGUCCGUCAUCUGGGAAAUCAUGCGUGAAUGGGUUCGUCAACACAGUCCUAUCAAGGAAAAUGCGUUGAAGCCCGGUACCGCAGGUGCGGGACUUAUGAAACAUAGCCGGGAUAAUCUGCGGAGUCUUGAGUCUGAAACAGGCGAUCCGUGGCUUUCUUCUCUCAAAGCCGAUCUCCUGAAGACAGUUGAAUCUGGAAAGGAUGUUGCAGACCUCAUUACCAAGGUCGAGGCUGCGCUUUAUCGGGCUGGUUCAAGGAGAACCUCCCAAGGCACUGCUCCAACUCCCACCGACCAACCGGCGCAAGAUCAGCCUGCUGCUCAUUCUGCUUCUGUCACUCCUGCACAGCAACACCCUAGUACUCUGGAUAUCAAGUUUGAUGCACAGCUUGGACGGGAUGCCUCUACCAUCCAGUCCAACAAGCGUCUGGUGCGAUACCAGAUUAACCCGCGUGCUAAUUGGGGCCCGUUGAAUCGGGCUUCGUGA